UUGUGUAUGUGUGCUGAUAUGUAAGGUUGUGUAUGUGUGCUGAUAUGUAAGUUUGUGUAUGUGUGUUGAUAUGUAAGUUUGUGGAUGUGUGCUGAUAUGUAAGGUUGUGGAUGAUUGUGUGCUGUUUUGGCAGUGGAUAUGUGCAAUUUUCUGUAUAUAAGGCCGGGUGUGUAAAUAGCAGUGGAUGUAAACAUCAGAUAAUGGAAAUGUGUGAGUUUUGUAUAUGCCAGUGUAUGGGCAGUGCAUGUAAACAUUAGGCAGUGGGCAUGUGUGAGUUUUGUAUAGGCAGUGGGUGUAUACAUGAGACAGUGAGUGGGCAUGUGUGAGUUUGGUCUAAACCAGUGUCAUGUGUGUGUCAGUGUGUACAGCAGUGGGUGUAUACAUGAGACAGUGAGUGGGCAUGUGUGAGUUUGGUCUAAACCAGUAUCGUGUGUGUCAGUGUAAACAUCAGGCAGUGAGUGGGCAUGUGUGAGUUUGGUCUAUACCAGUGCCGUGUGUGUCAGUGUGUACAGCAGUGGGUGUAUACAUGAGACAGUGAGUGGGCAUGUUUGAGUUUGGUCUAUACCAGUGCCGUGUGUGUCAGUGCGUACAGCAGUGGGUGUUUACAUGAGACAGUGAGUGGGCAUGUUUGAGUUUGGUCUAAAUCAUUGCCGUGUGUGUCAGUGUGUACAGCAGUGGGUGUAUACAUGAGGCAGUGAGUGGGCAUGUUUGAGUUUGGUCUAUACCAGUGCUGUGUGUGUCAGUGUGUACAGCAGUGGGUUUAUACAUGAGGCAGUGAGUGGGCAUGUGUGAGUUUGGUCUAAACCAGUAUCAUGUGUGUCAGUGUAAACAUCAGGCAGUGAGUGGGCAUGUUUGAGUUUGGUCUAUACCAGUGCCGUGUGUGUCAGUGCGUACAGCAGUGGGUUUAUACAUGAGACAGUGAGUGGGCAUGUUUGAGUUUGGUCUAAAUCAUUGCCGUGUGUGUCAGUGUGUACAGCAGUGGGUGUAUACAUGAGGCAGUGAGUGGGCAUGUUUGAGUUUGGUCUAAAUCAUUGCCGUGUGUGUCAGUGUGUACAUGAGACAGUGAGUGGGCAUGUUUGAGUUUGGUCCAUUCAAGUGCCGUGUGUGUCAGUGCAUACAGCAGUGGGUGUGUACAUGAGACAGUGAGUGGGCAUGUUUGAGUUUGGUCCAUUCAAGUGCCGUGUGUGUCAGUGCAUACAGCAGUGGGUGUGUACAUGAGACAGUGAGUGGGCAUGUUUGAGUUUGGUCUAUACCAGUGCCGUGUGUGUCAGUGCAUACAGCAGUGGGUGUAUACAUGAGACAGUGAGUGGGCAUGUUUGAGUUUGGUCCAUUCAAGUGCCGUGUGUGUCAGUGCAUACAGCAGUGGGUGUAUACAUGAGACAGUGAGUGGGCAUGUUUGAGUUUGGUCUAAAUCAGUGCUGUGUGUGUCAGUGUGUACAGCAGUGGGUGUAUACAUGAGGCAGUGAGUGGGCAUGUUUGAGUUUGGUCUAAAUCAGUGCUGUGUGUGUCAGUGUGUACAGCAGUGGGUGUAUAAAUGAGACAGUGAGUGGGCAUGUUUGAGUUUGGUCUAUACCAGUGCUGUGUGUGUCAGUGUGUACAGCAGUGGGUGUGUACAUGAGACAGUGAGUGGGCAUGUUUGAGUUUGGUCUAAAUCAGUGCUGUGUGUGUCAGUGUGUACAGCAGUGGGUGUAUAAAUGAGACAGUGAGUGGGCAUGUUUGAGUUUGGUCUAUACCAGUGCUGUGUGUGUCAGUGUGUACAGCAGUGGGUGUGUACAUGAGACAGUGAGUGGGCAUGUUUGAGUUUGGUCUAUACCAGUGUGUACAGCAGUGGGUGUAUAAAUGAGACAGUGAAUGGGCAUGUUUGAGUUUGGUCUAUACCAGUGCUGUGUGUGUCAGUGUGUUCAGUAGUGGGUGUAUACAUGAGACAGUGAGUGGGAAUGUUUGAGUAUGGUCUAUACAUGUGUCAGUGCGUACAGCAGUGGGUGUAUACAUGAGACAGUGAGUGGGCAUGUUUGAGUUUGGUCUAUACCAGUGCUGUGUGUGUUCAGUAGUGGGUGUAUACAUGAGACAGUGAGUGGGAAUGUUUGAGUAUGGUCUAUACCAGUGUGCCAUGUGUGUCAGUGCGUACAGCAGUGGGUGUAUACAUGAGACAGUGAGUGGGCAUGUUUGAGUUUGGUCUAUGCCCGUGCCGUGUGUGUCGGGCUGUCCCUUUGCCUGAUCAUUUCAGUCCAGCACAGGAGCUACUCUCUCUGACACUGAUAUCAGCUGGUGAAGCGUUUCCUGCCAGGUAGAGGAAGCUCCACAAACAUUUUGUUCAGUUCAUACCGUGUAAGAUUUUUUUUGUCUUUUUUUUGUUCCAUAAAUGUUAUAUAAAUAUAUAAAUAUAAUUAUUGAUAAUAAAAAACAAAAUAUUUGUGUUUCCAGUGGAUCACUGUUUUGCAUGUGUGGCACUGUGUCCAUAUCUUCAUUUUA